AUGAGCAAUAAUGAAUAUCAAGAUAGGGUUACUCGAAAGCGUACUCGGGAACAUUUGAAAAUUGAAUUUGAACAAAAAAUUAAAACUUCGUCUCCUAGUAAUUUGAGUGAGGCCAGGAUUAAAGACGAAGUUGAUAGUUACGAAAUUUUUUAUGAUACAACGAAGACCGCCAAUGGUAGUGAAAGUAAUGGUGAAAUUGUUACUAAUGAAACAGUUGAAAUGUCAAGUCCUAAAAAAACACGCAUAAAAAAGGAAGUUAAAUUUGAAGGGCCACCUGCCAACUGGGAUCAAGUUUACCAGAGUAUAAAAGAAUAUCGAUUAGGAAUUAAUGCACCUGUUGAUACAAUGGGAUGUGCAAGAUUAGCUGAACAAGCUAAUGAAGUAGUUACUCCACAAACUUCGAGAUUUCAAACUCUUGUAGCUUUGAUGCUUUCAUCCCAAACAAAAGAUCAGGCAACGGCAGACGCAGUAAAUAAUCUACGACAAAAAUUGCUAGGUGGACUAAAUAUACAAAGUGUAAUUGAUACUGAUGAACGGAUUUUGGAUGAAUGUAUUUCUAAAGUUGGAUUUCAUAAAACAAAAGCAAAAUGGAUUAAACAAGCUGCUAUUACGUGCAAAGAGAAAUAUAAUGGUGAUAUACCAAACAAUAUUGAAGAUUUGAUGAAGUUAAAAGGAGUUGAAAUCAAGGAAUCGGAGUUGAUGUCCAUGUUCACCGCAUUACCAAUCGACUUGGGUGGUGCAAAACUAAAAACCCAGAAGCGACUCGCAAG